ACACGACCUUUGAUAUUCAGCAGCUCGUCACUCAUAUUCUCUUCUCUCGACAUCUCUCAUAGCCAAAUGGCACCGAUAUGAUAUUUGGCAACUCUUACGUAUUGACCAUUCGUACAUCUAGCCCAUCGGAGAUUAUCCUUAGGUCCAGCUCGUGGGCGUGAACUCCCAAUGGCUUCCGGGUCACGAACUGGCUUCGUUCCAGCCAGGUUUCGUGCGGCGAAGGCAUGUCUUCUUUGCAGACAAAAGAGAGUCAAAUGCGACGCCAUGGACCAUGGCACUCCUUGCACAAGAUGCGUUUCAAGUGGGAGGACGGAUUGCGUGUUAUUUGAGUCGAAAAGAGGAACCUACAAAAGGAGACAAAGGAUUGAUAUGGAGAAACAGGCUCAUGAAUCCCCACGACCGGACCUUGAUGGCCAAAGCUCUGAGAUCGUCUCGACCUCAUAUGCUGCAGGAGCAGCUCUAGUUGAAAGUGCUCAACAUCGACCCGAUUCGUCGCCCUCGAGUAAUCGAUCCAGGACAACAAGUGAGCAUGCCACAAGGCCCGAAGAACAAUUCCAAGCGGAACAGCCAUCGGCAGCGCCAGCCAGUAUUGGCGCUUCAGAGACAACUACUGCGAAUGCCGCCAGGGCUAAUGAGUUCGCGGCUCUGCCAAAUGUCCCAGAGAACAGUGAUCUUCGAACGCGGUUGUCUUUAGAUUGCUCCUCGCCGGUCUCUUGUUUGUCCAACACCACCCUUUCGCCAUAUCCAGACGUCUCGUGGGCGUCGACUUUUGACCCAUUUCUCAAGACUCGGAAGAGCCCUCCAGACGACAGGUCCAACAGAUUCUCCAUCACCUACCUCGACGAAUCUUUCCCCCUCUCUCUCGUCCUACAGGAUCAAGGACACGGGACGAAACCUCAGCUACAUUAUCUCACUCCAGCAAAGCCGGAGCCGCCAGGACACCCCCCAUCAUCAGACCAUCAUCAUCCUGCUCAUGUCCCGCCCAAAGAUAUUGAAUUCUUACAAACCAGAGGGUGCUUCGAACUCCCGAACCCAGAGAUCUUGGACAUGCUGCUCAACACAUUCCUUGACCGCGUCUAUCCUCUUUACCCGAUCUUCAAACGCCGGAGCUUCCUCGAGAGCUACAGAGCUCAACAGCUCCCCUGGCUCCUGCUCCAUUCGGUUUGCUUUGCGGCGGUGACCUUUUGCGAGGAAGACGUGCUGUUCCGCGCUGGAUACCAGAACAGGAUCGAGGCGAGGUUGUCUUACUACCGAAAAGCCAAAGCUCUGUUCGACCUGGGCUACCAUAUGAACAAGAUCAUGGUCCUCCAGAGUGUCAUCCUCCUCAGCUUCUGGGGAGGCGCACACAAUAGCUAUUGGAACUCGGCCAGCUGGAUCGGAGCAGGGGUGAUCAUUGCAGAGUCCCUCGGCAUUCAUCGGUCAAUGGCGGAUACUCGGCUUGCGCCCGAGGACAGGAGCUUGUUGAGACGGUUAUGGUGGAUUUUGUUCGUCCGGGACACUGGCGCCGCCACCUUUUCAGGCCGCCAGUUCCGCAUGAACAGCGUCGACGUGGCCGAUGUAGAGAGUUUGACUUGCGAGGAUUUUGUGGCGGACUCGCAAGAAGGAGAGGACGGCGUUCGCCAUCGUCUCGACGGCACCAUUGGUCCAUUCCACGUCGAGAACACCAAGCUCUUCGGGAUCCUGCGACGGAUUGUGCUCUGCAAAAGAACUGGUCACGGUGCCAGGCACGACGAGAUGUACCACGACCUACGGAGAUGGAGAGCAGAGCUUCCACCAGCGCUAAAUUGGCGUGAUUCCGAGGUGAAGUUGGACCUCCUACCAGCCAGCCUUGCACUGGCCUAUAACCACAACCUGAUUCUUGCCAAUCUGGGUGGGAAACUCCAGCAAUCAACGAAUUCUGUCCAUUCAGAUCCUCGCGGCAGGCAACUGGACGCUGUGUGCGAGAAUGCCGCCCACCGGAUUUUCGACUUGACGUGCGGUAUGACCACCAAGUCCACGUUUCCACGCUUGCCGCACGAAGCCUUCCACGCACUGUUUCUAGCACAAGCCGUAUUUUACUCACAGACCUUGGCGACGGACACGACAGCGGCAAAGAUGGGCCGCAUGGCGGUCAACACGUGCCAGGUUGUCUGGCACAAUGUUCGAGGCGGAUGGGAUCCCGCCCGAUGGGUCAUGAAGCUCUUUGAAAAUCUCCUCGUGGCCACCCCCCCGCGGCGGUCGGAAGAUAUGCACAUGGUGAUAGAUGACGCGCCCGGCCACCCCGUAGACUACUUGUCAGAUAUGCCUGUGAAUGACUUUGACGGCAUGAACUCGCUGCUGUCGUCGAUCUUUGAUAUGUCAACCGCCAUGGAUGGUUUAACCGACCCGACCGGACAGGAAAUGUUUUCUUUCAGUCUUGCCAACGACAACAGCUGGUAAUUGUGUUUUAAUUUUCCAAGGCAGUGUUGUUGUGGUAGUAUCGGUGUAUCAUCUGGCAGUGGCUAUGAACCAACA